UAAACCGGUUUGGCAGAGCGAAACAUCCCCACGCCGUUAAAAAUAAUUCCCCGCUCAGCUAUGCCGUCGUUCAACGUUUCAGUUCGCAAACACUCGCCGUCAAACGCGCUCACGUCCGAUCCGAUGAAAGUCCUCUUCGUUUGCAUCGGCAACUCGUGCCGUUCGCCGAUGGCCGAAAGUGUGCUGAAAAGUAUGGCGUCCGAGCACGGACUCACCGACUGGUACGUGGACAGUGCGGCACUGCGCGAGUGGAACGUAGGCCGCGGGCCGGAAGAGCGGGCGCUGGCCGUGCUGGCCGAGCACGGGCUCACCUCCGACCAUAUCGGCCGGCUGAUCGGGCCGGACGAUUUCCGUCAGUUCGAUUACGUCUUCGGCAUGGACGAGUCGAACGUGGCCGACCUGCUGCACCGGGCACCGGUUGACGGGCGGGCGAAAAUAGAGCUGCUCGGGAACUACCGGGGCAAAGAGCUGGACCGCAUUAUCAUCGAUCCGUACUUUGUGAGUGGAAAGCGUCCGUCCACCCGGCACACGGUUGCUGCUGUCACACACGUUAAGCUCAUACACUUUGUUCAUCUUUCUCCCCCAAGGAACACGGCAUACAUGGGUUUCGGCGGUGCUUCGAUCAGAUCAUGAUUUGCUGCGCCAAUUUCAUCAAAACCCACGGACGUACGGGUCAGUGAUAGAAGGACAGUUUUGUGGAAUAAAUGCAGGGUGUAAAUAAAGUUCAGCUUAUUAAAUAUCCAAAAGCACUUCAGUAGAAAA